CCUGGUUAAACCAGGCAUGGUUGUUUUUUUUGGGCAGUUGCUUGGACAUGCUCCUUUCCUGAUUGUGCGACCUUUGCUUUCUUAAAGGUUUCGGUAUCUUCACACAGGAGAAUUUUCACAUUUGACUCACCAACUAAAACCUAAACUCAUAAAUAUCUCACAAACAAACAACAUUCUUAGCUUUCACCAGCAACUACUACAACUGUCUUUGUGUUUCUUGAUUCCUCUGCACCCAACAACCUCUUUGUUCAGCUUCAUGUACUGCAAGGAAGGUACUCUAGCACUACCUUGUGCGCCGAAUAAUGCCCAUCUUGUUACAUAACUCUGGUCUUAACUACUUUGGUUCUUGUUUACUGAUUGCAUUGUCUUGAUUGAUCGUGCUUUGGCUAUCUUUUAUCUGGAUCUGAUGAUGACGAUGACGAUGACAAUGAUUUAAAUAUGACUAGUAUGUAAUUGAUUAGACCCGUUAAGAGAAAAACACGUAUUCUUCAUAAAAAAAUGGUUCUUGGGCUUAGAUCAAAGAACAGAAAAGGUUCUUCAGUGCAGCUUGAUUACCUCAUUCUUGUACAAGAAAUCAAGCCUUGGCCCCCAUCACAGUCUCUCAAAUCUGCUCAAUCCUUGUUGCUUCAAUGGGAAAAUGGUGAUCAGAGUUCUGGUUCCUUCACUUCUAAUGUUGGAGAUGGGAGAGUUGAAUUCAGUGAGUCUUUUAGGCUUUCAGCUACUUUAUGCAAGGAGGUAUCCAGAAAAGGCACUGCCCGAGACAGUUUCCUGAAGAACUACCUGGAGUUUAACUUGUAUGAAUCUCGAAAGGACAAGGCAAUGAAAGGUCAACUCUUGGGAUCUGCAGUCAUAAACCUUGCAGAUUAUGGAAUCAUCAUGGAUGCUGUAACCAUAAAUGCCCCAAUUCAUUUCAAGAAGUCUUCUAGGAGCAUGGUGCCGGCAGUUCUUUAUGUAAGUAUUCAACCAUUUGAUAGAGAUAGGUCCAGCUUGUCAAAACAAGUGUCACUAGACAAGGAUGGAAGUGAAACUGUUUCAGAAGUGACAAAUGAAGGGAAUGAUGAUGAAGUUGAGAUUGCCUCAUUUACUGACGACGACGACGACGAACGACGGUUCCUCACAUUCAUCACUACCCGUUUCCUCUUCUGAAUUGGAGUCUAGAAGAGGUUCACCAGGUCAAUCUGACAAGAAGGGAUCAGGAACAGCAAACAUUGGCACAAGAAGGAUUGACGGGGAGCCUGCAUUGCUCUCAGGUGUAGCGCCUUCAAACCUAGAAGCGAAAUCAGCAGCUCAAGAAUUCAAACAUCUGAACGGAGGCUUGGGAGAGUUUCAAACUAAACAAGAUGCUGAUAGAAAACCCUGGAGACAUGAAAUAAAUGGACUAGAGAAUGCUACAACUGAUAAUUUAAAAGAUGAUCUUAUGGAUGUGAAAGAGAAAAGGGAGCUGGAUGACAAGGGACAGGGUACAGUUAUUUUAGAGUUAAAGAAACCUGCUCUAGAGGAAAAGUUUCCCGGUAAAUUACCUGAAGAUGCAUCAAAAAAGCAAGCCAAAUUAAGGAGCAAUACUCUUGCACUCAACAGAACAGCAAUUGGAGUGCAGGGUACCACCCGUAGAGAUAAACUGAAGCAUCUGAAGUCUGUUCAAUUACAGUUUAACUCAGCUGAGGGCGAGGAUCCCUUCAUCAAUAGCCAAUUCAUAGAGAAGGCAAAGAAGAUUAAUAUUUCUGAAAAUGUUAAUAAAGGUGCCAAGGGCUAUCCUCGCAGUGAAAGAGAAAAAUCAACAAAAGGGUCUUAUGACAACCAAGGUGAAUCAAAUUCUGAAGUUGAAAUACUCAAGGAAGAGUUAAGCAGAGCUGCUGCCAAGGAUGGCCUUGCUGAGCAAGGAAAUUCUAAAAUAAAGUUCCAGUUGAUGGAGAAGGAAAAGGAAAUUGAUCUUCCUGAAAAUGUUAAUAAAGUUGACAUGAGUUAUGAACAAAGUAAAAGGGAAGAAGAAACAAAAGGCAACUUUUCAGGAAACAAAGUUGAACUGGAGUCUAAAGUUGAAAUGCUUGAGGAAGAAUUGAUGGAAGCUGCAGCUGUUGAGGUUGGCCUUUACUCAGUUGUUGCUGAGCAUGGGAGUUCUAUAAAUAAGGUCCUAGCUCCAGCAAGGCGCCUUUCAAGGUUCUAUCUUUAUGCUUGCGAGGCAGGGUCCUGGGCCAAGAGGGCAAAUGCAGCUAGAGCUAUCAUCUCAGGAUUAAUUUUGGUUUCUAAAGCAUGUGGAAAUGAUGUUCCAAGGUUAACUUUCUGGUUGUCAAAUUCGAUUGUGCUAAGAGCAAUUGUAAGCCAAGCUGUUGAGAAGUUGCAACUUGCUUCAGUACCAUCCAGCAUUAAUAAUGGAGGUCCAAAGGGCAGGCAGGAGUCGACUCUAACUGAAGGAGAGAAAACUAAUAAAACAGAAAGUCUCGAUGAAUGGGCAGAACCUCAACCAUAUAUAGCAGCAUUAGAGAAGGUUGAAGCUUGGAUCUUCUCCCGAAUUGUUGAGUCAGUUUGGUGGCAGACUCUGACGCCACAUAUGCAAUCCACAGCUGUAAAGAGCUCAAACUCCAGGAAGACCCAUGCUAAGAGGCAUGGAUUGGGUGAUCAAGAACAGGGGAAUUUUGCUAUUGAUUUAUGGAAGAAGGCUUUCAGGGAUGCAUGUGAAAGGCUUUGUCCUGUUCGAGCUGGGGGUCAUGAAUGUGGUUGCUUGCCUGUGCUGUCAAGAUUGGUGAUGGAACAGUUGGUGAGUAGAUUAGAUGUGGCCAUGUUCAAUGCUAUACUUCGUGAAUCAGCUGAAGAGAUGCCGACAGAUCCUGUUUCCGACCCGAUCAGUGAUCCUAAGGUUCUUCCAAUCCCAGCUGGAAAUUCAAGCUUCGGGGCUGGUGCACAAUUGAAAAAUGCUGUUGGAAAUUGGUCCAGAUGGCUCACGGAUUUAUUUGGUAUUGAUGAUAGUGACUCUUCAGAAGAGAAGGAUGAACUUUGUAGCAUCAGGCGUGUAAGUGAGACAUCCUUCAAGGCUUUCCAACUUCUGAAUGCUUUGAGUGAUCUCAUGAUGCUUCCAUUUGAAAUGCUUGCAGAUAGGUCCACUAGAAAAGAGGUAUGCCCUUCAUUUGAUGCUCCGAUGAUCAAGAGGGUUCUUAACAAUUUUGUCCCAGAUGAAUUCAACCCUGACCCAAUCCCAGAGACCAUUUUUGAGGCCCUGGAUUCUGAGGAUUUUGCUGAGGCUGGGGAGGAGUCUAUCACAAACUUUCCAUGUAUUGCUGUUCCCACAAUCUAUUCUCCACCUCCUGCAGCGUCUCUAACAAACAUUAUAGGAGAGGUGGGAAGCCAAACUCUGCAGAGGAGUGGAUCAGCAAUGCUUAGAAAGUCGUACACUAGUGAUGAUGAGCUUGAUGAGUUGGAUUCACCUAUGACUUCUAUCAUUGAAAACUCCAAGGUUUUUCCCUCUUCGACAGCAUGGAAUUGGAUGCAGAAGGGAAAGGCGGGCCGGAAAGUUGUUAGAUAUCAACUCCUCCGGGAAGUAUGGAAGGAUGGUGAAUAGUCUCCCUCAAUUCUCUCAUAUGCAUAUGGUGUAUACACGCAUGAAACUUGAGCGGGUUGGUUAAGUUAACUAACGUCAGUGAAUUUUGUAUGGUGAUUCCAUUAGAGCAUGCAAUAAUAAAUUUUCCAGUAAUCACUUGCAA